AAGAAGGACUGUCAAGUCCCAAUGUUAAAUCUUUUAUUUCAUGUAUUUCAGUUUUUCUUUUCUCUAUACAAAAUGUAAUAUAUCUUGUUGGAAUCUCUUUCUGUGCCAUAAGAGCAUAAAAAUUGGAAAACCAUCUAGUUUUGUUGAAGGUAGGAUCAGGAUCUCCUCAGCCAUCUCCUUUCUGACUUAAGUACUCUACAUUUAUAUAUCAAAUGAUUAGCUAAAAUAUAUAUUCUUGUUAACUCUUUUCAUUGUUUGUAAGUUUGUUUUAAAUGACUCUUGCAAUACUAAAGCUACACUUAGUUACACUCUACUGUACAGUCUGAAUCACCUUGUUAGAUAUGUCAAGAAAAAUUAAUCAGGAAGUAUAAAAAGGGAGUUUUUAAUUUAUUGUGUUUUUAGAAAGCUAAAUGCACAAAGAUUACUUUUGUGUGCUGACUGGACUUUUAGUAUUAAACUAUAAAAUUAAAAGCUUGAAGCUUAAGCUACACUUUAGCAUUGCCUAAUAGGAGAAAUGCAACAUUAGAUUUUCAACUUAAGAACAGUCCAUAAAAGCAUUAAAACAAGAAGAAAUGUUCACAAUCCUUCAGAUAUUUAAUAAAGGUUCGAUUAGUUCUUGGAUUCCUAAAAGUUUUCUCUCUUGACAACCUAAUUUUUGAUAAGAGUGAUUCCUCUCAUCCUGUUCACUGUUUGUAAUUAAUUAUAUCAACAUUGAAAAAUUUUAAAUCAGAUUUCUGUGCAUUUAACUUCAUCAGAAGCAUAAUGUCAAAGAAACUAUAUAAUAAAGGGAAUUUUUACAAACUUGAAUUAGCAAGACUGAAUUUAAAAUUUGAUUUGUGAUGUUCCAUUGAAUAAGUAUUAGUACAUUUCAGUUACUAAAUUACAUUAUUUUUCUAAAAUAACACUUUUCAUACUUUGCAGAAUCCUCUUUUAAAUGGAAGUGAUCUCUCAACUGUUAUUGGACGAGGAACUGGUGAUGCAAGUUUUGAUGAGUCUGGAAUAGCAAAGUAUCAAAACAGAAGAACUAUGAGCAGUUCUGACCGUACUUUGAUUAAUGCUUUUAGAGAGAUCAGUAAUAUGGCUGAUAGGAUAAACUUGCCCAAAACUAUAGUUGAUAGAGCUAAUAGUUUAUUCAAGCAAGUGCAUGAUGGCAAAACUCUCAAAGGUCGCAGCAAUGAUGCAAUUGCUUCCUCUUGUGUUUACAUUGCAUGCCGGCAAGAAGGUGUUCCACGAACUUUCAAAGAAAUAUGUGCAGUAUCAAAAGUUUCCAAAAAGGAAAUUGGACGAUGUUUCAAACUAAUAUUGAAAGCCUUGGAAACAAGUGUGGAUUUAAUAACAACAGGAGAUUUUAUGUCACGAUUUUGUUCUAAUUUGGGACUCCCUACUACUGUUCAAAAAGCAGCAACUUAUAUCGCACGUAAAGCUGUGGAGCUUGACAUUGUGCCUGGGCGAAGUCCAAUAUCUGUAGCAGCUGCUGCUAUCUAUAUGGCCUCACAAGCAUCAGAAGAUAAAAAAUCCCAAAAAGAGAUUGGGGACAUUGCUGGUGUAGCUGAUGUUACUAUACGGCAAUCUUACAAGCUUAUGUAUCCACGAGCUUCUGAAUUAUUUCCUGAAGACUUCAAGUUUCACACUCCUAUUGAAAAUCUACCUCAACUAUGAGAAACAGUGUAUGAAAAGAAAGUGUGGAAACAGACUAAAAUUCAUCAGUAUCAUUUCAUAUUCAGAAUUUCAUUCAUCUUUCUGUUCAAGAACCAUAGAUCUCAUUAUAAUAUGUAAAGAAAGUGCAAAAAAUAAACUGACAUGAUAUGAUCAGUCAUAACUUCUUGGAGUUUCCUGCAAUUCAUCUAAGAGGGAAAAAAUGACUGAAAUAAACUAAAAAAAAAAAUACUUAAUGUUUUUAUUUAUACUUUAUAACUUUGUAAUGAAGAUGAUAAAACUAUGCACUGUUUACAUUUGUUAUGAGUAGUAUUAGUAGUUCUAUUCUCAGUUUAUGUAUAGUAUGCUAUAAGACGCCAUUAAAAUUGGUUGCUUGAGUAAGAAUUAAAGAGUAAAAAAUUUACUUUGGAACUCAUGUUGAUAGAGUAUAUAUAAUGAAAAGAUGUAGAAAGUUUUCUUUGUAGUGUAUAUAAUAGAAAUUUUUUAUUGUAACCAUGCUAUAUAAUUAGCUUGAUUUUAAAAUUAAAAAAACUACAUGCCACCUUUAAACACAGUUUUUUAAUUUAUCUGCAAUACAUAUGCAAGUAAUACAUGAUCAAUUCAGAAUUAUGACAAUUUUCCCUCAUUCAAAAUUGUAAAUUCCUAAAAGCAAGAAGUAUACAACUUACAGCUCCUCAUCCUUCUAAAGUAAAUUAAAAUGUAAUUCUUUCAAACUGUAUGGAUGUAAAUAUUGCUAAAAAUGCUUUUAAAACUGUCCAAAUGUAAAUUAAUAUUCUGUGAUCAAAUAUGCAUAUGUACAUAAAGUUGUAAAUCUACCCAAAUGUAAAUUGAUAUUCUGUAGUCUAUGCAUACGUAUAUGAAGUACUGUAAGAUUUAUUUUUUAAGUAGUUGGAAUUGCAGUGUGUUAUAAUGUUCUUUCUGUCAUUCUUUAGUUAUUUCUUUCUUUAGUGAGCAUUUUGUUUCUUCACUUAACUGUCUUAUCAUAUCGGCAGGAUACUUGUUUGACUGCUUUCAUUUGUUAAAGGUUAUUUGACUGCCAUUCUUUAACUUUAUAACUUUUCAUGCAGUUAUUUCAAAUACGUCAUAGUAUAAGCCUAGUAAGACUACAAGAUAAUUAUUGUUAUUAUACUCACAAGAUCAUAUUAGACUAAAAUGUAGUUAUUACUAUUACUUUUAUAAUUUACUUCUGUAUUACCCACAUAAUGAAGAUUUCUUGAGUUUCAAAUACACAUUUAAAGAAAGAUAAUUAGCUGUAGUUAUUCCCUUGCAUAUUAUAGAGUAAAUCUCUUCUUUGUGAUUUAAAAUAUUGAUUCAGUCCAUUGAUCAUCCAUGCAAUAUAAAUACAUGAAAAAAAAUAACACCAAGCUUGAGUAGUAUUCUUCUCUACAUAGGGUUUAUUUUGUGAUUGUAUGGUGAUAAAAAAAUUUUGUUUGUCUAGACAGAUGAUUGUUAAUGCAUUAAAAAAUGCACCAAGCUUGAGUAGUAUUCUCUUCCUUUACAGAGAGUGUACUUUGUGGUUGUAUGGUGAUAAAAAAAAAAUAUGUUCAUCUAGACAGGAUGAUUGUUAAUUUUGCAUAGGCUUUUCUGCAUAUUAUUGCAAAUUAGAGUAUUUCUGUAAUGAACUUGACUGCAAAGAGUCUUUUAGCAUAUUACCUCAUGUCAAAACAAGGUCAUAAUUUUAUUUAAAAAUCCUUACACAUUCACUAUAUUUUUAAGUGUAAAAUUCCUUAAAACUAAGAAUUGCAGAUAAUAUAUUUUCAUUUCUUUUUUAGAAGCUCAUGGGGAAAAACAGAAGAUAUAUUAAUCAAAAUUUCUAUGGGAAUGAAAUAAAAUCAUAAAUAGCUCCUUUCCGUGAAUAAAAACUUGUUGAAAUAUGUUAAAACUUUUCUUGAGUAUCUUAGUGCAGCCUUUCAGUGGUUUCUUUUGCUGUGCAAAAGUUAUGGUCAGCUGGGCAUAACUAUCAAAAUUGAUUUUGCAAAUUAACUGUAUUUUAUUUUAAUUUCAAAUGUCUAACAAACAAAAUAAUACUAGAAUAUAUGGCAGAACUGUAAACUGAAUUAAACAGCAAUCUUAAUUUUUAUUUAAAAAUAUGUGAAAUUCCUUUCAUAUUGUUUUUACUCUAGUUGAAAGAGAGUGAACUGUAGUAUGUAGUAUCUGAUUACAUUUUACACGAGUAUCUCAAUCAAAGAUACAAAUAUAGACUUUGCAACUGUGAACUUUAUAACCUUUAGCAUUUCUUAUGGAAUCCUGCUUUUAAUAAUACUGAUUAUCAAAAGUAUACUGUAUUUUAGAACUUUUUGCUAUUAGAAGGAUGAGAUUUUCUUUUCAGAAAUUUGGAGGGGGUAGGGAAUUGUGAAAAAUAUUUGAAGACAUGAGUUUAUAAAAAGCAAAAUAUAUUCCUUAGUAGCUUCAAAUAAUUAUUAUUGAAUAUUCUGUAUGAAAGUUCAUCUAGUGUACUUUAUAAUGUAUUAUAAAAUUUCAUUGCAUUUUGUCUCUUUUGCCCUCCCUUCUUGAACUUUUACGACAAAUAUACUCUACCUUUAAAAAUGGAUAUUAGGUACAAAAAGAAAAGAGAUCAAAGGAUUCAUUUUUAUGCCAGAUUUUAAAUCUUUCAUUGUUUUUCAUUUGUCAUGACUUUGAAUUUCUCAGGUAUCAUUCAGGAAUUUUGUUUUGAAAUUUGUCCAUUAAUUUAUAAGCUUUUUUUGCACUAGACAGAAAAUUAUGUAGACAGAAUUUAAUGAGGUGAGUGAUGGAGGAAAUGCACAUGCAUCUAAUAUAUUAAAAGAAGUUUCUACAUUUACAGUGAGAGCAAGCAAAGAAAAUAUAUCUGAAAAAAAAAAAGUUAAUUACAUAUUUGUUAAAAAAAUUAGUCAUUACUACAUUUAAUGUAACAAAGGGAUUCGCAAUGUGUGACUAAUUUUCCUGUAUAAUAGUGUUAUUCUUCCAAGUAUAAUUAACUUUGUAGAUGUUUCAUACUAAAAAAUGAAAUUUUUAUUGAUUCUCAGAACAGCUGAAAACAUGAGAAUGCUUAGAUAAGGGAAAGAUAUUUCAUUGUUUUAAAAGUAAACAUACAUAGAUUGUUUUCAUAUUUGAGGUUAUUGUAAUCUUCAGAUAUUGAUGCAUUAAAAAUAUGUAUACUUUUGAUGUAAGUGUAUUCACCCCCUCUCUUCUGAAUCUCUACUUAGGUAGACUUUGUUUACAUUUUCUUUUCAAAGAAAAUAGCUUAUAAACUUAUUGUUAUUUCAUGUUUUGUAAUAUUCAAAUCUAUCUGCUGAAGGAAAAAGCUUGAGUUGCAUAGCAAUAUUGAAAAUAUGUUUAAUAAUAUUUUUUAUCUUUUUAAAGUACCGUAUUUGACGGCAUAUAAGACACAUCCUUAUUUUGAAGGCCACAGACAUGUAGAUGUAGAAAAAGUUAUGUGUGUCUAGAUCUUUAUCCGGGCUAAAAAUAGCAUUCAGUAUUGAAAGUUAACCCGUAUCCUUAACGUAUAAGAUGCAGGUAACUUUUUUGAGACCAAAUUU